AUGAAAUGCUUGAAUUUCUUAAAUAAGUCAAACCAGGGACUGUCUCUGAUCUAUUUAAUACAAAUUUAUUUACUUGUAAAGAACAAAAGUUUUUAAAGAGAAUUGUUUUAAAUUUCAUUUUCCAAUCCCAUCUUUACCAUAUAACCCUUAUCUCAUGAGAUAAAGGUUUCUUUACCUCAAUGAUUAUUUCACAUAAAUCAACCCCCACUCAUCAAGAUAAUUGGUGUCCAUAUACUUAUCUAGAAGUAUGCCACACGUGUGGUGAUAUUAAGAUAUUGUUACUAUAAGGCUUACAAUGGAUAUUACAAUCAAUUGUCAAUAAAAAAUGAAAUAAAGGUUAAAAUUUUCAUAAAAUAAUUUUAAUAAAAUAUAGAUAAAGGUAUUAUCAGGGCAUUAUGUUUAGUAGGAACAUAAUAACGAAUACAGCCAUUGGAUAAAUAUCUACGACAAGGACUCCACGCGACUUUUUCCACGAGGGCCUUUUUAUAUGACUUAUGAAUAUUCAUGUGUAUAAUAAAAGUGUUCGGUCGUCGACCUUUUAAUGCCGGUAUAAAGUAUACUUCCUUUAUUAGUAAUUUUUUGAAAUUAUAAUCAAUUAUUUUUACAUCCAUAAAUAAUAAUUUUGGACAAACAAGUACAAAGGAAACGUGAUUAAAGGGAAAAAGUGGUAAAAUACAUAUAUAAAAUUGUUUAUUUUGAAAUAAAAUGUGAAAAUUAAAUGAAUUUUAAAGUUUUUUAUGUAUUCAUUUAGGUUAUAAUUCAUUUAUUAUUAUCUUUUCAAUGCGUUUCCCCAUUUUGACAAGUAUUUCAUUGCAGUGCAUGCAACUUGGUAGACAAAAUGGCGGCUUUAUUAGAAAAGUAGUGUGUGUACCUAAGGGAAAUUUCACUAUUUCAACUUAUAAAAUGCAUUAUUAUAAACUCAUAAAUUCGUUUUUUACGAAAAUAUAAUAAUAUUUAUUCCGUCUUUUUGCAUUUGUAAUUAAAUUUCGUCAAUGUUUUGUUAUAUUGGCAACUCAUUAGUAUACGUGUUUUCGAAAGCGUUGUCGGAUGAAAUUUUAACCUAGAAAUGUUGUUGAUUUCGGAGUAGUUUUUAAUAUUUAUAAUUAGCAAAAUUAAUAAACUGUCCUAAAUGUAUACAUUAAUAUAAAUUAUAUUUUUAGAGUAUUAGUAUUCGUGCAUAAAUAAAUUAAAGUUUGAAGGAUAUUAGAGAAAGGAUGAGGGAUUUCAUGCGGUACGUGACAACGCCGCGCGAUGUUGUCGCAUUGUUCGUGUCGUUUCGUUGUCGGUCGCCGAGAUAGUCUCUCCCACUUUCUUUAGCUAGUGACUUUUUUGUGUUGUUACGAAAUGUAUACAAAUUUACCAUGUAAAGUAAUAAUUUAAUGUAAGUGUGAAAACCGCCGUGAAUUUCGGAGCGACGCCCUCAAAUUUCCGCCCGCGUUCCUCGACGAACGGCCGCGAGAGUUUCUUCGGCAUCACUGAGCACAAAUUGUCAUGGCGCUGGAGUCUUCAGAAUUACAAUUAACGAUGAUGGACCUGGAUAAUUCGUUGGUCCAGCGGCCAAAUGCGUUUUCAGUGGUGCAGAAUGCAAGUUUCGGGUCGCGGGACCGCUUCCGGUUCCAUUAGUGCGGAAAACUGAGUGUGCUAGCGCUUUUCAAAUGUAUUGUUGAUAUAACCUUGGUGUGUAGCUUUAUUGGUGUAUUUGGUGUUUUAGUUUAUCGAAAUGGAUGAAAUACCAGCGUGUCUAGAUCCUGACGAACUGAUAAUGGAUCUAGACGAUCCGGAAGGGUCGGAUCUGGAGGAUGAUGAUGAGGACAUUAUCGAUGAUCCCAUUCCAUCACCCUUCCAACUGCCUUCCUCAGGUCCCGGAUCUACCGCCACUUCAGUCACAUCUUCACCCCCUAACAAUGAGGAUAUUCCACCUCCCUUCAAUUUCUCUGGAAAACCUCUGGUCGGGAUCAAAAGGGGAAGAGGCAGGCCUCGACGUGAAGGAGGUAAAUACGGCCAACCAAACCAUUAUCCAUCUAACAAAUUUGCGAUUGUAGGUAAACCAACGCAGAGACGAACUACUGGCGCUCCGAGAGUGCGCAAGGUGCGUCCACCAGGAAUGCCUCGGGGUGGAGGACGUGGUGCCAGACAGGUCCGUCAAUUCGAUAAGUUCGAUUUCGACAUCGCGUCACUAUCGCAAUCCUUCGGCGACGAGACUCCCAUGCUGGACCCUGAAACUGGUGCUCUAAUAUUCAGUGAACGUGAAAGACCUCUACCGACACCUGAGGAACUGCCAUAUGCACCUGAACAGUGGCCAGGAAAAGUAUGUGCCUUUUGUAACUUAGGGGAAAGGAGCCAAUUGGGGCAAGGAGAAAUGCUUCGUUUGAAUUGUCCAGAGGGAUUCAUACCACAGAGGCUGGCCUCUGAUCAAAAUGGUAACCAAAACAGUUCGAAUCAGUUGCCUGAAAAGGAUUCUGGUGAUAAAAGUCCCAGGGGACCUGUUACUUGUAGGCGUCAAAAAAGUUUUAACAAGUGCCGGCAUCCAUCAUUGACUAGUGAAUAUAUUGACGAGUUAACAAUUAUUGGCUACAAUGAAGAACCUGAUGUCACAACUAUUUUUGAAGCAAAUGGACAGUUUUAUGUUCAUAGGAGUUGUGCUUUGUGGUCGAAGGGGGUUAAGAAAAAUGAUAAUUGCACGUUAGAGAACGUGGGUCCCGUGGUUCUGGAGAGUUCAUCAAGGAAGUGCUCCUUCUGUAACCAUUUCGGCGCAAGCGUUACUUGUAAGAUGGACGGAUGCGCCAAAGUUUACCAUUAUCCGUGCGCAACAGCGUCGGGCGCCUUUCAGGAACUUUCCUCUCUUACCAUGUUCUGCAACAAUCAUACUGGCCAGGCUACCUUACAAUGUGAAUCUUCAGUCUGCUAUACUUGCAAAGUAUUGGGUAACAUAGCCAAUUUGAUGUACUGCUCAAGCUGCGGCGAACAUUAUCAUGGAAUGUGCGUUGGAUUAGCUCAAUCGCCUGGCGUUAGAGCCGGCUGGCAGUGCCGAAAGUGCCGCAUUUGCCAGGUCUGUCGGAUGACCGGCGACGAAUCGAAAUUGAUGACCUGCGAGCAGUGCGACAAAGUCUACCACGCGAGCUGUCAAAGGCCCAUUGUCACAUCCAUACCCAAAUAUGGUUGGAAGUGUCGUUGCUGUCGUGUGUGUGGAGAUUGUGGUUCCCGCACGCCCGGUGCCGGUUUGUCGUCACGCUGGCACGCCCAUUACACCGUCUGUGAUUCCUGCUAUCAGCAGCGGAACAAGGGAUUCUCCUGUCCGCUCUGUCACAGGGCGUACAGGGCGCAUGCCCACAGGGAGAUGGUGCAGUGCACUGUUUGUCGCAAAUUUGUACACGGAACCUGUGACGCCGAGGCGGACCUGAUCUCGUACCACCAGAGGAAGGAGACGCACCCCGAGUACGAAUAUGUGUGCACCAUAUGCAAAAACAUCACACAACCCGGCCGGACUGUAACCAAGAGACAAAGCACUGAUGAUCCCGGUGACUUGUCGGCAUCGCAGGAAUCCCUUUACGAUGACACGUCGGAGUUCGAUGCGCCGUUCGACGACAUCUCGAUGCGCAGCAUGGGUCUGGGCAAGGGCAAGCCCUACAGCGCCAGCAAAAUAGCAAAGAAGCGCCUUGGCUACCCAACCGGUAUGCCCGGCCGACCUAAAGGGGUCGGAAAAGGGCCUCCAGGAAAAGCGGGCGGCUUCAUGAAGAAGGCACGCCUGGGCGAGUUCGGGCGGAAGCGCGGGCCGAAGGCGAAAAUGCGUGGCAUCUUCGGGGUGCCGGGCGUAGGCUUGCAACGGCCCACCGCCACCGACGGGCGCACCGCCGACGAGGAGCCGGGCGUCGAGAAUCGACUAGUGCUGUGUUCGGCAAAGGACAAGUUCGUGCUGACGCAGGACGUGUGUGUGAUGUGCGGUGCUAUCGGCACCGACCAGGAAGGGUGUUUAAUCGCGUGCGUCCAAUGCGGUCAGUGUUACCAUCCGUACUGUGUCAAUGUUAAGGUGACUAAAGUGAUUCUGCAGAAAGGCUGGAGAUGUUUGGACUGUACAGUAUGUGAGGGUUGCGGUCAGAGAAACGAUGAAGCCCGCCUUAUUCUCUGCGACGACUGUGACGUAUCCUAUCAUAUUUAUUGCAUGGACCCACCGCUCGACUACGUGCCCCACGGUAACUGGAAGUGUCGGUGGUGCGCCGUGUGUCAAUCUUGCGGCACCACCGAUCCCGGUUUUAAUUGUACUUGGAUGAACAGUUGGACGGAAUGCGGUCCCUGUGCCUCUCACAAUAACUGUCCUAGCUGCACUGAGCCUUACUCGGAAGGCGAUCUCAUCAUACAGUGUGUUCAAUGUGAGAGAUGGCUGCACAGCGCCUGCGAUCUUAUUAAGAAUGAAGAAGACGCCGAAAAGUGCGCAGAAGAAGGAUACAAUUGUGUUUUGUGUCGUCCUAGAGAUGUACCCCCACCACAUCUAGUGCCAUCUGCUUUAACUCCUAAACCUCCCACUCCCACAAAGAGUCCCGAGGUGAAAACCAACAACAACUAUUAUGUGGAUGGCGUGUGCCUUAGUGAAUCGGGUCAUCAUUUGAUAAAAGCUUUAAGUAUGGAGUACCAUGGUACCAGACGUAAAGGUGCAAAGAAAAAAGUAACCACGUUGCAGGAUAAGGAAGCGGGAAUCAUGGCAACCAUUGAGUCCGUGGUUGCUGGCGGAAAUACAGAUACUUAUUUCGCAGAUAACUCCCUGGAGGACACCAAACUGGAGCUGGUCGACGUAAAGGACGAGCCGCAGGAACUGUAUAAGGAGGGCAUGAUCUGGACUAAGGAGGAUGGCCCUCCGCCCGAAGGGUUCACCCUCAUCAGUAUGGAGAGUGGAGUGACGGUUUUGCGAAGGAAGCGACAACGCAAUCUGCAGAAACUCGGUAUCGGUGGAUUUUUGGUACGCGCCCGCGGUACCCGAGGAGGACAAGAGAAUGACGACGCAGACGUGUCCGGUCAAACCACACCUACCACGGAAACGCCUUCCACAUCAGUGCCUACGACGGAGUCCGGCGACAAGCCGAAGAGGAAACCGAUCAGAAGGAAAAUCAAGAGUAAAUUGGCAGAAACGUUCCCGCCCUAUUUGCAGGAGGCGUUCUUUGGCAAGGACCUGAUGGACGGUAUAGACUUUAAAAAGGAGGUUGAUAGUGGUGCUGAGAGUGAUGAUGAGAAAAUGGAACAUUUCAAAAGCAUACAUUUGUCACAAGACGAACUGAGGGCCGUUGCUGCUGCAGCUCCCAAAAAAUCGGAUUUGUCUGAUCCAAAGUCUUCCCACUCAAAAUUAGAUGACAAAUCUCUUUCGGUUGUUCCUAAAACAGAAGAGGACGACAACACGGAGGAUCUCAAGGACGUAUUGGCUUUGCCAGGAGAUUUCCUCGAUGACAACGAUAUUGUCAAUAGCAUUAUAAAUGAAGACGACGAAGAUCUUGCGAAAACUACAGAAUCGUUAGAUGUGUUGACUGAUUCAAAUCUACCUGAAGAAGAGUUAGGUGAUACGUUAGGCAGUUCGAGUAACUCGAAAGAUACAAAGGACGAACUUAGCGAUAUUUUGACCUCACAUUUUAACUUCGAAGGCAUUCCGAAUAUAAACAGCAAAGACGUUGAGGAUAUUUUCAAGGGUGUAUUAACUGAUGAAUCGCAAGAGUCCCAAGAGAGCAGCAUCUUUCCUAUGCAGACUGGAAAUGUGUUUCAGCCUAGUCCUGCCCAACAAAAUCCGAUGCCCAGUCCAAUGUCAAUGAUGAAUAAUGUGGUUCGACCUACCACUUUGCCCAACGUUAGUCAAACAACCCUUAACUCUCCGCACAGUUUUCCUCCACAAUCACCUUAUCAUUCUGAGUAUAGCAAUAGUCCCCAAUUUAGUCCGGCAUUUUCUGAACCACAAAGUCCGUGGGUCGUGGCCGAUAAUUCGGACAUGGAACCGGGUCCUAGUGUUCAGUCCACUUAUAACCAACGUUCUUCCGAUAAAAUGAAGGCGGACGAGAGUCUGGGCGAAAGAGCUACUAUUUCUGCUGUCCUAUACGCCAAUGUCAAACAUCCGGAAUGGAAAUCCGAAUAUCCUAGCUGGAAUGAUAGGUAUAAACAGAUACUAAAAAAAUGGAGGACGCUGAGUCAAGAACAGAAAGCCCCUUUCCUACAACAAGCUAGAGACAACAGAAGUCAACUCAGAAUGAAGAAAACGCAACAGUCCCAGUCAGCAAAGGAGGGCGGCUCCGCCAGCACGCCGCAGACGGCGGUCGGUGCCAGCAAGCAGCAACAGAACGCCGUAGCGGCUGUUGCGGCCGCAGUAGCCGCAGUCGCACCCGUCGCCACCACCCAGACGACGUCAGUCGCGGUCGUCCCGUCAUCAGUCUCAGAGGAUCAAGAAAAGUUGGCUUCACAGCAGAAGUCUGCAAGGGAAGCAGAACAGGAAAGACAAUGGAAACAAUUACAAGCUUUAAGGCAACAACAGGCACAGCAACAGCAAAACGUUAUACAUGAACAAAGAGUACAAGUUCCUAAUUUAGCCAUUGCUCGAGUUCAACGUCAAAUCGUGGAUCCCACCCAGUCUAUGUUCCAAGAUCAACAGCCCGGUGGUCCCAUGCAGAGUACCACGCCUCAAGAACUCAGUCCUGUGACCUCACCGUCACCUAGUUCGCGUCAGUACAUCAAUCUGCAGGGUAUAAAAUCACCGACGUUUGCAAUGCCUGGCGGUGCUGCAGGACCCAACGGCGGUCAGUUAAGGGCACCGACGCCUGCGCAAACGUCACACGACUUUCAACAGCCGGCUACGCCCGAUCCAGCAACUGUCGAUCCCUACGCACAACAACCGAGUACGCCAAAACCUGGUUUUGCACCUCGUCUACCCGAUCCGUAUGCUCAUCAGCCAGGCACGCCUAGACCCUCAUUCGGUGUGCCUAGACCCCAGUUACAGCCUGGUUUUGCCUCUACAAAUGCAAGCAGUCCUGAAUUAAGUCGACAGCUGCGAGAACUCUUACAACGGCAGCAGCAGCAGCAACAACAACAGCAGCAAUUCAAAAAAAUAGACGAUCAGCAGAUGACACAGGGAAAAUUGCAACGCAUCUGGCCGCCCACUGAGGGACAGGAGGCCCAGGUAGAGACAACUACGGGCACGACUGCCGAUACCACCUUUAGACAACCUCUACCGCCUGCGAUUGCCCGACCUAGAGGCCCAGUACAGGGUGUAGUUAGGGGAGUUAUAGGUAUGAGAAUGCAACCGAUAGAUCAACGGCUUCAAGGAAUGGACGGAGGAAGGAUGAGAUUGGUAUUGCAACAGCAUCAACAGCAGCGUCUUCUGCACACGGCAGCCGCCAAUCCUCAGGGUAUUCCACAGCAGCAACAAACAGGUGGCGCGCCUCAGAUGCAACAUCAAUUUAUGGGCAACGCUGUGCGUUUCCCUCCGCGUCCAGUUUCAGUAGAACAAUUUGAACAGGCACAGACCACUCAACAACAACCACAACAACACUUUGUUAACCGUGCUCCUGUAGAACAACCUAGAUUACCGGCUCCUCAAGGUGCCAUUGUGCCUCAGCAACGUCCUACUGGACCGACUACACCUGCCGUUGUCAGUAAUGACCCUGCAGCCUCCACUGAACAAGAAAUUCCUGACAAUGUCACAGCAGAAUUGGAGAAGCUAGAACAGGAAUCUGGUGGUAUGGCAGAACUUACAAGCGUGAACGACAUCCUGGGGCUUGACGAUGAUGACAUGCUCUUAGACGAAAUGGGUGCAGACUUUAACAUUCUGGAAUACGCAGAUCCUGAAUUGGAAGCACUUGCAGGUGAAAAGUCCAAUAUAUUUUUGGAUCUAGAUCUGGAGGAAGAGCCAGUCAAAAAGGAUGGAAAACCCGAUGCGCCUAAGACUGAAGGUGAGCCACGAUUGCGACCACAACCUACGUCGCAACCACAGUCUACGACGUCUGAAUCAAAGGAUAAAGUUGAAAUGGCGCCAAGAAUACCCCAAAUGGUCGGAAACAUGACGCCACAUCCUCCGCCAUUGUCAACGCCCCAAUCACAACAGCAGGUGGUACAGCAACAGUCAUUGUCCCAGCCGCAAUCUCAGCCUCAAGCUCAACCUCAACCUCAACCCCAACAACAGCAACCUCAACUUCAAUUGACACCGCAACAGAUUCAGCAACAAAUGAUGCACCAGGUUCAAUUGGCUGCUAGUCAGGGUAGACCCAUGCCACCCGGGUCUAAACUGACAACUUCUGACGGUCUCGUAGGCAUCGUGAAACCCAACAAUCAAGUGCAGUUUCAAGUGCCACAUAAUUACCAACAUAGACUACUUAUGCAACAUUUGCAACAAAACCAGAAACAGAUGCGAUUGGGCCAGCAAGUGCCUCGUAUGAUCGCAGUUAACCAACAGGGACAGCAUGUCCACCAUCCGGGCGUUGGCGCGUUGCAACCGCCACCGCAGCGGAUGGCAGUGCCUCCAACUCCGCCACCGCCAUAUCCGGUGCCGCCGCCUCCAUAUCCUGGAAACGCGGCCGGUCCGCCGCCCCAACAGCAACAGCCUCCGCAACAGACGGGAUUGAGAAUGGGGCCUGGUCAUCUGCCGGUGAGACACGUGCAUCCUAUGGCACUGCAGGGCCUGCCCGUGCAACAUCCCCCCCACUUGCAACGGAGGCCCCUGCUCCUCGAGCCGUUGCUGCUGGAGGAACUGCUAGAGCAAGAGAAGCGUGAACAGGAAAAACAACAACAGACCCAGACAUCCGCAGCACAGCACCACCAGGAGGUGACGUCCUCGACAUCGGGCGCGUCGGCAGAUUCGUCCGCCGCAGGCUCAGAGUCCCUUCUUAGCGACCAAGACUUUGAGCGUCUCAAGGCGGACGUUUUCAGCGGAAUGGGAGCGGCGCCGGCUCCGGCCCCCGCGCCCCCACAAUGGCAAGCGCCCGCCCGUCCCGCUGCCGCUCCCACGCCCGCCCAGGCCAACACUGUCACAACCGAACCAAGAGCGUUUUCGGCCAACUUGUUGCCGGCGCCGCCCUUGCCGCCCGAGAACAUCGUCACCGAACAAGACAAACAAACACAGAUGGUGUACGAGCAAUGGCUCAAUCACCAAAACAACGUGCUCACGCAACAGCUCAAAUAUUAUGAGACCGAAGUCCAGAAACUCAGGAAAAUUAGAAAGUCGUUGAAUAGUAAACAGCGUCAGCUCAAGAAAUCGGGCAACCAGUUACCAGAAGCCGACGCAAAUGAACUUCAGCGAGUUUCUACUGAACAAGCGUUGCUACAAAAGCAGCUCGAAUCGACUAGGAAGCAGAACCGGCAGCACGGCAUGCUUAUACAGGAAUACCGGAACAAGCAGCAAGCGAAGCAGAAUCCUGCAGGCGGGCAUAGCCCCUUGCAGCAACAGAUCCAGUCGCCUUUGGGAGCCCCACCCACUUCCUCGCCCGUUCACCAUGGUAGCCAAUCUGCGCAAUCGCCCAUGAUGAUGAGUCCGUCGGCUUCACCCAUGGGACAGCAGCAACAACAGCAACAGCUCGGCAGUCCCAUGCACAGCCCAAGUCCUCUGGUGGCGCACUCGCCAGGCCCGGGAUCUGUGGUUGGCAUUCUGCAGAGCCCAGGUGGGAUGGUAGGCGGCGGCAUGUCGCCCAUGCAACCAUCACCUAGGAUUGGUACACCUCAUUCUCAAGGAGAUGGAAGUCCAGCGCCAUCACCGUCACCUUCUCAAGUUUGUUUACCACCUCCAGCACCACGUAUGACGUCACCGCAACACAGAAGAGUGGUGACGAGUCCAGUGGCGUACACAGAUAUACGUCAGGGCAACCCGAAUCAGAUGCGCUUCGCACGCAAUCCUUCUGAGAUGGCAGCAUUGCAGCAGAGGGUGCGAAUGCAGAAUUUUUCUCAGAACGCACUGUUAAAUUUUCAACAGCAAAAAUCGGGUACCCCGUCGCCACUUAAUAGUCCACCGGGGCCACAGUUGAACAUUACCCAACAGCAGUUGUUGCAAAACAAACUACAACAACAAGUUUUGCAUCAACAACAACAACAGCAGCAGCCACAAAACCAAGAUGGUAACAACCAAGAUCAUCAGAAUUUAUUACAAUCUCAGAGGGCCGCACAGUUACUCCAACAUAGACAAACGUUAGCAAGGUUGCAACAACACCAGCAACAGCAGCAGCAGCAACAACAGCAACAGCAGAAUUUAGGUCAUUCUCAACCACUGACACCUCAGCAGCACCAAGCCAUGUUAAUGCAGCAGAAACAGCUACAACAACAGCAACAAAUGGUGCUCCAAGGACGAUUGCAACAGCAACAAGCUCAACAACAACAGCAACAGCAACAGCCACAACAAAAUCCUCCUCAGUCUCCCAUGCCUCCAAAAAGUCCGCUAGUUACUCAACAGAUAAUGUCGCCGCACUCAAUGCCAGCAUCACCUAUGCCUCCUAAAAGUCCCAUGGUCUCGUUUAACAAUCAACAGCCACCUAGUUCUCCGGCUGCAAGAAGUCCAGCAUUCCAUCAAAGUCUGGGUCAACCACCUAACAGUCCCAUGACGAAUCAGCAGUAUCAAUCAUCUAAUUCACCAAUGCCGAUAAGUCCCAUGAUAAGUCAAACACAUUCUCCGAUGAGCAUGCGCAGACCACCGAGCGCUUCCGGUAGUCCAGCCAUGCCUGACAGACCUACAAGUGUAGAGAAUCCGGGGACACCAAGGACACCAUAUACUCCACAGAAUGACGGCCAAUUGAUGCAGGAAAACAUGCAUGCUAGUCCGAUGGGCCAAUCCUAUAUGGAUGGAGGUGGUGGAAAUCCGCGUAAUUCCAACAAUCCCAUUCCAUCAGAUGGAGGUGGUGGAAAUACCAAAGAUCCCUCGAAUCCAAUACCAUUUCCACCGGAGAAAUUUACUUAUUUUAAACUAGGAUUAAGAGGUGGAUCGCCCAUGUGGGGAGGAUUCGGCAGAGGCGCUAAAAGAGUGCCGACACCCCCUGCAUCAGCAACAGCUACUAGUGGAGCCACUCCUAAGCCAGCUACACCCACACCAAUAACACCGGAAGGGACGGUUGGAGGUGCUCCUUUAAAAAACAAAAAAGAAUCACAUUUAAGCAAAGUCUCGAUUUUGAAGAAGAAAUCCCCUGCCAAGACAAAUUUACAGUCAUUCACAGCUAACAAAGUUAGUUCGCUGGUGAGUUCUGAUUAUAACGAAUUUGAAGAUAGUUCCUCUCCGCCACCAGGUACACCGCCGCCUAUGGCUACAACAAGUAGGAACUCUAUACAGAAAACUUUGCCAAAGAAAAUUUUAGAUGAUUCUAAGGAUAAGAUGAGGGAAAGAAUAAUGAUAUUACAUAGCCCAGAGCAUAAACAAUUGCAUGAGAUAAUGGACUAUGAUGAUGACAACAAUACAGUAUUAUCUGGCGAAGUUUCUCUGAAUUCGGUUGCACAACAAAAUGAUGCAGAUGAAAUCGAAAUUGAAACUUUGUCGCAGAAUGACUUAACAGAGGAUCUUUCCAGUCCUCUAGAAUCUGAUCAAAUAACUGACGAAUAUCUACUAUUUCCGGGGAAUAUGGUGGUCGAAGAAGAGGUAGAAGAGUUCCAAGGCGAAAAUAUGCACAUUGUUAUACGAAGUCCUACAACUAGCGAUGAUGAGUAUAUUAUGCAAGGCAAAACCAAAAAAUAUAAUAUAGUAUCAACUGAUCAACUGUUGUCGUUGAAUGAUCCAGAUCCUGAUUCCCCUGAGGAAAUGAAUGUGGAUCAUUUCACCGAACCGAGUGAGGAAGAUGCGAAUUUCGAGGAAGGCGAAAUUCUCAUCACUCCAGAAGAGUCUAUUUCUACCAAAGAAGAUUUCGAGGAGUUAAUUGAUGAGGGCUCGAGAAAAGAGAAACUUAAAAAUGAGGCAAAGACUACCAAGCAUAUAAACGAGAUACAUAAAUAUGCGGCACCAAAUGUAUUUAGCUUUCCUCCUAAAACUACUGCAACUUCAUCUGCACAAGUUACGCCCACAAAUUCUCCACGUAUAACGAACAUUCACAAGUUGCCAUCAAAAAUAUCCUUGAUAACUUCUCCAAUUGUCCAGAAUAUUAUGAAAACAGAUAACAGUGCAAAAGAGGUAAUUCUAGCUCAAAAUGCCAAAAUCGUAAAUACAACUCAGACUACAAAAGUAACCAGUAUUAUAUUAACACAUAGCCCCGUGCGAAGUAACGUGCUCAGUCCAAAAAUAGUAACAGCUGCCGGAUCUCCCGCCAUAACUAUAGUGAGUGCAAAUUCUUCUCAAAUUGCCUCAAUGUUGCCCACUUCCAAGUUUACUGUACCUGUUAUAAGUGCCAGUGCCGUUCGGCAUCUUCAAAAUGUUAAGGUCAUCGACAAGUCUAUAUCUCUGACCACACACGAUAGCGGUUUGCCAAAGAAAAUUUUCGAAGAUGAUUCUGUAUCACCAGACAGCUCUUUCAACUAUGAGGAUGACUCUAAAUCUAAAGACUCGUCCGAUGAAAAAUCAAAAAUAGAUUCACCACCUGUGGAAGAAUCUAAACCUCCAGUUUUCCCCAAAACUGAGACCUUCAGAAUAAUUAAAGCAGUUAAAUCAGAUAAUAUAGUCAUGUUCAAUAAAACUACACAAAAUUCAAAAGAAAAGUCAGAAGACGACUUAAAAAAGCAGGAUAAACGAGAUAUCCCUAUUGUUCACAAAUUAGAAAACGUUAAAAUUUCGAAUCUAAUAGCGAAACCGCAGCGAGUUCCUAGCCCCAUAAUAGCCAGAACCUCUUCACCAGUCAUAAUACACAACACUCCAGAACUCAAAAUGACCGCACAAGUGGUACAGGAAACGUCCCAGAAUCGUCGUCAGAUCACGGCUACAACAGACGCCGAUGAAAACGCAGCCGAUGACACAAAGUCUGUGGUGAUUUCAAUUCCGUCCCCUACACCUUCGCAGGAACAAAUGUUGGACGAUAUUGCUCUAAGAGAAUACGAAAGUCGAAGGCACGAUACAGGCAUUCCGGGCUUUGAUUCGAUCGAAGAUGUGUUGGAUAUGAUUGAAAACAUCACGGCAGAAUCACCAUCAAUUCUUGAGCAGAAAGUGCUGAAAACCACUACUGCUCAAUCAUUCAACUCUCCUACAUGCACAACCGUUAUGACUACAGCUGAGGAUAAUAAGCCGAAACCGGCUCCAGUUAAACCUGAGACUACACAAAUACAAGUGGCCGUUACAGCAACUACCAAGUCGUCGACAGUUCCGCAAUUAUCGCCGUUGUCACCCACGGAUAUGACCACCAACAUGGCUAAUGCCUCUCAACAACUGAGGAAUUUGCUGUCAUUACAGACCUCUACUACGAGCUCUUCUACAAACUCCAAUGCAGUCAAAGCUGUCACCACUCAAAAAAUUAUAAACGUCAGUCAGAUAUCAACUACUUCUACGGGUGCGAGAAUAAUCCAGCAAGUACCAAAUGUUACGACAAUUAAUACGGUUAUAGUACCAAACAUGAAACAAAUUCCAGUGACGAAUGUCCAAAAAAUAGUGCCAACGAGACCACAAACAUUUGUUACGCAAACUUCCAACGUAACAACGUCUUCCGUUAACCACAACCUUCAAAACUUUUUAACAAAUCGUACUGUAGGAGGCAUUCACCUAAUGCCCGACCAUCCUAAGCUGCCUCCAGUUACCACAGUUGCAAAUUCACAACAAAACAUAGUAAUGGCAGCCCAAACAACUUCAAAUAUGAAAACUUCAUCCAUAUCUACAUCCACGACAAGCAAUGGAGAUAGUAGAAAACCGUCACUGACUUUAACAGCAAUGUUGCAGAAUCAGCCAGCAGCUACUCCCACCACUAAAACAACCCCAGAUUCGAUUACUGCAGCCAGUCUUCUGGCCACCCCGGUCAGUAUAUCGAGGGGCUUUAACACCGCUCUGGUGCAAGCACAGCCGAAUGCUGUGGUAACUUCACCUGUCACCACUACUAAUGCGAACCCGCAAACAUCGUCAGUCAUAACAACAGGAACGUUCAGAUCAAUCUCUUCCACAAACUUGUUACAUACCCAAUUAACCAAAGUGAAAACGAAAGCUGUUGAAGAAGUUAAGGAAAUUAAAAUAGAGGACAAGUCUGAAGAAAUGAAUAACACAGAGGACAAAAAUGGGUCCGUGUCGAAUGUUAAAGUUGAACAAUUAGGAGGUUGCAAAUUUUCCAAUAUUCAAGCACCUUUUUCAAAUAGGGUUACGGAGGAUUCACAAAACGUUUUACUCAAAAAAUUACUUCAGAACACUGCGUGUGCAAGCACUCAAACGCCAGUACCAUCUUUAACAACGUCUACUGCUGUUGUUGCUCCAACUAGUCAAAACAUUUCUAAUACAGAUAGUUUGAUUACUAAGACUGUAACACCUACAUUGUCUUCAUUACUUCCUGUGGUGAAGACGGAACCACAACCAGUCACUACACCACCUCAACCUCCAAAGCCACCGCCGCCUCAAAGGAUGCCCAUACGGGAAACUUCAUUUGUUUCUAGUCCUAUACAGGUGCAAACAACGUCAGCUGCUACCACAGUUGCUACUCAGCAACUCCAUAUCGACGUUAAAAAGUGUUUACCUCCUAGUAGAACACCCAGCAGAGAUGAUCUGUUAUCGCCCCAAACUCCUCGUUCAUCUUGCAGUCAAGAUUCCACAAGUUUACAAACUCCACCGCUUACUGUUAAAAAAGAACCGUCGUCUUUGCCACAUCAAAGUCCUGUACCAACACCCCAGGAUGUCAAAAAGGAGUUUUUGGAUGAGUCUUCUCAACAUUCAGAAGUCUCAGAUCAUAGUAGGCCAGAUCUUCAUGUCAAAGAAGAAAUGGAUACAAUGGACCACGAGCGGCUACUAGCUGAAAAGGAAGAACUGAGAAGGCAAAAACGUAGACAGUAUCAACAAAAACGACGACAGAAUCAGAACAUGAACAAAGAGGCUGCUGGAAGCCAACCUAAGAAACGACCGAGAAAGAAUUCGAAAAUCGAAGAAGAUUACGACUCUUACAUUGACGGUGUUUUAGCUCAACUUAGACCACUGCCAAUGACAGUAUCCGAACCGAUUUUAAACAGAAACUACGGUGUUGUACCCGUUUUCGGUUCUGGAGACAUGUCGAAAUUGGGCACCAGAGACUACGAUUCCCGGUUUGGCGAUUUGACGGGGACUUAUGGAAACGCUGUUGUACCUGGUUUCACCGAUUUCUACAGUACGAAACCUCAUGGUGAUGAAGAUCCUUUACCAGAAAUUCCACCGGUUUCGACACAGCGUGGGUUUUACGAUCAAGAGUUUCCGCCAAUUAGAUUUGAUUCGGAAGAGGAUAGACGGUUCGAUUUGUUCGCUAGAGAUGACACGCCAGAGUCAGUGUUGAGCAGCUCGUCGCCGGAGUGCACCAGCUGGGAUCCGGUAAACAAAUUCCGGGGAUUGAAACUUAUCAGCGACGAUGACAGCGAUGAAGAUGAAGCAACACCAAAGGACAGGAUGUCACCGGAGAUACCUUUAAUAGCCCCCAUACCAAUCAGACUGAAACCUGCUGGCGUUUAUCUUAAAGAUUAUACCGAGGACAAAGAAAAUAUAUGUAAGGACAUCUACAAUAAGAAGUUUGUGUCAACUCCACAGGCACCACUUAAGGACAACGGUAAUGUGACUGUCACUUUGACGUUGACAUCUUCCGCUGCUGAGGAUAUUAUGGGAGUGCUGAGAGAUUUAGCCAACAUACUUCAUAUUCCGGCUCCAAAAACCUAUCAAAUUGUAGAACGAGCAGGUACGCCUCCGAGCCACAAGUUGGGUCUCUACAGGACAAAAGGCAAAGAUGGAAAAGAGGGAACACCAAUUGAUAUUCAAAGUAUUUUGAACGGCGCCGCCAAGUUCUGCAAGCACUGUGAUGUAGUAAUUUUAAACAACAUGAUUAUAAGAAAAGUGUCGGAUUUACCGUUCCUAGCCAAGGACUCUGAGCUGUUGAGUGACGGUGAAGAAUUAUAUUUCUGUAGCGUCACCUGUUACACGCAAUUCGCAUUAAUGCAUAGGUCGCCAUCAAUUUCCGAAGAUAAGGCGGCUGCCGCCAUCAUUGAUCACCUGUCGCAAGAUAAAUUGAACAUGAUUAAAAAGAAGACAAUCGCUGAUUCCAUCGAAAAUAAGAACAUUGUUGCUGGAAGAAUGGAAAUAGAGAAAGAAGUUCAAAAAGACGAACCCAUGGACUGCUCAGACUUCAACAAUUUGUUUGUGAAACCAUCUGACUAUAUGAAACUUAAUAGAAGUGAUUCGCUUCCAAACGCUGGCAUAAAAAAGCACAAGAACAUCAGGUAUAAGGUGUGGACGCCUGGUUGCGUUCAACCACCACAAAAGUACAAAAAACCCACCGACAAGGAGAUUAUGGAAUUACUGUAUAGGUUGGGCAUAACAGUUACACCUCCGAAAAUGCCCGAUGACACUCGUAAAUGCAUGUUCUGUCAGGGUGUAAGUGACAGUGUGGCUGACGGUGCUGGUAGACUGCUUAACUUUGACGUGGACAAAUGGGUGCAUUUAAACUGUGGCCUAUGGUCCGAUGGAGUGUAUGAAACCGUAAAUGGUGCUCUUAUGAACUUAGAAAAUGCACUACACCAAAGCAUGACCACCACUUGUAUUCAUUGCAAUAAACUGGGAGCAACAAUUCGAUGUUUUAAAACAAGAUGUUCCAGUGUUUACCACCUGAACUGUGCAGUAAAGGAUAACUGCGUGUUUUUCAAGAAUAAGACGGUGUACUGCACAGCACACGUACCCAAGAACGAAAAGGACAAUGAACUGACAACCCUCUCCGUGUCCAGACGUGUGUAUGUUAAUAGGGACGAAAACAAACAAGUUGCUGCCGUAAUGCACCAUUCCGAGACCAAUAAUCUUCUACGUGUCGGCAGCUUAAUAUUUCUGAACGUCGGUCAAAUUCUACCACAUCAGUUGCAAAACUUCCACUCGCCCAAUUACAUCUAUCCGAUAGGCUACAAAAUAGUCCGUUUCUUCUGGAGCAUGCGACGUCUGAACAAACGUUGUCGUUACAUCUGCUCCAUACACGACGCGAACGGCAAACCGGAGUUCCGCGUCCUCGUACAGGAGAUCAACGAGGAAGACGUGGAAUUCAAGGACUCAACACCCAAAGCCGUGUGGAGUAAAAUCCUAGAGCAAAUAGCGCAGAUGCGCCGUGCCAACCAAUGUUUGCAGAUGUUCCCCAAAUUCGCAACCGGCGAGGAUCUGUUCGGAUUGACGGAGCCAGCUGUGGUCAGAGUUUUGGAAAGUUUGCCAGGAAUCGACACCUUAACCGACUAUAAGUUCAAGUACGGACGGAAUCCGUUGUUGGAAUUGCCGCUGGCAAUCAAUCCAUCGGGAGCAGCCCGUACCGAGCCCAGAUUGAAGAACCAACAGCACUGGAAGAGGCCCCACACGCAAAGAACAUGUGGAGCAACGUCGAGACCUAUGUUUGGACCGACGCCACCCCCAGGGCCGUCCAUGAACUCCCUGGGGGAGGCAGCCUGUCCGUACAGUAAGCAAUUCGUGCACUCCAAAAGUAGUCAGUACAAGAAGAUGAAACAGGAAUGGAGAAACAAUGUGUAUUUGGCGAGAUCGAAAAUCCAGGGUCUAGGGCUGUAUGCGGCAAGAGAUUUAGAGAAACACACAAUGGUAAUUGAAUAUAUCGGAGAAAUUAUCAGAAGCGAAUUAGCAGAAUGCAGAGAAAAACAAUACGAGGCAAAGAAUAGGGGUAUUUACAUGUUCAGACUAGACGAAGAACGAGUGGUGGACGCGACUUUAUCUGGAGGCUUGGCGCGGUACAUCAAUCACUCUUGCAACCCAAAUUGUGUGGCUGAGACUGUGGAGGUGGACAGGGAUAUCAGGAUUAUUAUAUUUGCGAAACGAAGAAUACAUAGAGGAGAAGAGCUGGCUUACGAUUAUAAAUUUGAAUUUGAGGAUGAUCAACACAAGAUAUCAUGCAUGUGUGGCGCUCCGAACUGUCGCAAAUGGAUGAAUUAGGGCGGAUUUAAGUUAUUAUUCGGACAAACGCUGUUAAGUUAAUGUAUAAUUGUUUAGAGGUUUUAGAAAUCUCCCUCGAGAAUUGUUAUAUACGUGCUCCUAUACAUAGAAUUUGUGUACAUAAUUGUUUCACGAUUGUUUUUUACUAGCGACUAGAACUGAAACAGACUGUUGCAGUGCCAUUUUUUAUUCGUCUCACAAUGAGAAAUUAGGUAGAAAAUAAAAAACACAUUCCAUAGAAAGAUAGAUAUGUGUGUGCAUUUAUAUAUUUUGUUAUAAAUGAAUAUGAGAAAAUAUAAUUGAUAAUAAUGUCUUUGAAAGGACUUGUGGCUUAGGUUAGGGACCAAAAAUAUCGUUGUUUCCCCGACCGACUUUGUACAUAAUCCCUAUCAGUUAUUUAUUUUUUCACAAAUCGCGAGUGAUAGUUAUUUAUAUUGCUAGUUAAACAAACGAGUGACAAUGAACUUUCCAUUCGUGUCACCGACAGAGCCUUUUUUACAGCCUUACGCAAUAUUCACUACCACACCAUUGAAGGAUACUUUUUUAAGAUUGCUGUGCAAUAUCUCGAUUUUUUAGGCAAUUGUAUACAAAUACAAACUUAAUGUACUUUUUAGGUGUACAUUUUUUUAAACUUGUAAUUACUUUUUUACCGGACUUGGUCCAAAAAUUGUUUUAUUUCUAUUUGUACAUUUCUUUUUAUUUGCGACAUAUUGUGAAUAUACAUAAGUUUAUUUGGCGACUUUCUAUUGGACAAUAAAAUUUUAAUAUUGAACUUUCAUGCAAUGUUUGGAUUUUCGUUGUUCACUGGUUAUUACGCAGUUUAGAUUAAGUUAGAAGAGUGACAAUCACUUAUUGUAGUAUAAUUUGUAUUAAAGCACUACCUGAUUAAUGUUUAAUUGUUUAUGUACAAAUAUAGACUUGUAUAUGCAUUACUGUAAAUAUAUUAAUUAGAAAUUUUUA